AUGAAGAUGACUGGGUGGAAGAAGAAGCUCUGCCGGGGGCAUCAUCUGUGGGCCCUGGGCUGCUAUAUGCUGCUGGCCGUUGUUGCUCUGAGGCUUUCUCUCAGGUUGAAAUGUGAUGUAGAUUCCUUGGAUCUGGAGUCCAGGGACUUCCAAAGUCAGCAUUGUAGGGAUGUUUUGUACAAGAACCUGAAGCUGCCAGCAAAGAGAUCCAUCAACUGUUCCGGGAUCACACGAGGGGACCAGGAAGCGGUGGUCCAGGCUCUCCUCGACAACCUGGAAGUCAAGAAGAAGCGGUUGCCUUUCACUGACACCUAUUACCUCAACAUAACCAGGGACUGUGAGCAGUUUAAGGCCCAAAGGAAGUUCCUACAGUUCCCACUGAGCAAAGAAGAGCUAGACUUCCCCAUUGCAUACUCGAUGGUGGUCCAUGAGAAGAUUGAAAACUUUGAACGGCUGCUGCGAGCUGUGUAUGCCCCUCAGAACAUAUACUGUGUCCAUGUGGAUGUGAAGUCCCCAGAAACUUUCAAAGAGGCAGUCAAGGCCAUUAUUUCCUGCUUCCCCAAUGUCUUCAUGGCCAGUAAGUUGGUCCCCGUGGUUUAUGCCUCCUGGUCCAGAGUGCAGGCCGACCUGAACUGUAUGGAAGAAUUGCUCCAGAGCUCGGUGCCAUGGAAAUACUUACUGAAUACAUGUGGGACAGACUUCCCCAUAAAGACCAAUGCUGAGAUGGUCCUGGCCCUCAAGAUGUUGAAUGGGAAGAACAGUAUGGAGUCUGAGAUACCUUCUGAGUACAAAAAAACUCGCUGGAAAUACCACUACGAGGUGACAGACAGACUGUCCCUAACUAGCAAGAUGAAGGACCCUCCCCCUGAUAAUUUACCUAUGUUCACGGGGAAUGCCUAUUUUGUGGCUUCUCGAGCCUUUGUCCAACAUGUCUUAGAGAACCCCAAAUCCCAAAGACUGAUUGAAUGGGUCAAAGACACCUAUAGCCCCGACGAACACCUCUGGGCCACCCUUCAGCGUGCUCCAUGGAUGCCUGGCUCUGUUCCCUACCACCCCAAGUAUCACAUCUCAGACAUGACUGCCAUCGCCAGGCUGGUCAAGUGGCAGGGCCACGAGGGAGAUGUCAGCAUGGGGGCACCUUAUGCACCCUGCUCUGGAAUCCAUCAGCGGGCCAUCUGCAUUUAUGGGGCCGGGGACCUGCACUGGAUUCUGCAGAACCAUCACCUCUUGGCAAACAAGUUUGACCCAAGGGUGGAUGAUAACGUCCUGCAGUGCUUAGAAGAGUAUUUACGCCAUAAGGCCAUCUAUGGGACUGAACUUUGA